AAGAGCAGGAGCAUCAGCUUAUUACCAAUCUUUUUCAUUCCCCUCUCUUGGAACGUGCUGGUCUCCUCGCUUCUACACUCUCUUGAUCAGCUCUCACCACUAUGUACACUUGAUCGUCAUUUGCCACAAGUUAAAAUUGAUACAGAGCAACACAAAGAGCUAAACUAGGGGCAGUAACGCGGUAGUUGUACUCGAUCAUAUCGAUCCAUGGCUGCGGUGGCGAAUGGCGGUGCUGCGCCGGAGUGGCGGGUGACGGUGCCGGAGGGCGCGACGGUGACGGUGGAGCGCGAGGCCGGCCGCUGCCGGCGGGCCGCCGUGGUGUGGGCGUGGCAGCUGGUUUCCUGCGUCGCCGCGCUCGGGAGCAGGGCGUCCGGCCUCGCCGGGCGUGUCUGGAAGAUCGGCGCGGACGACCCCCGGAGGGCGGUGCACGGCGUCAAGGUCGGCCUCGCGCUCGCCCUCGUCUCCGUGUUCUACUACACCAGGCCCCUCUACGACGGCGUCGGCGGCGCCGCCAUGUGGGCCGUCAUGACCGUCGUCGUCGUCUUCGAGUUCACCGUUGGUGGCUGUGUGUACAAGGGGUUCAACCGGGCCACGGCGACGGUGAGCGCCGGGGCGGUCGCGCUCGGCGUGCACUGGAUCGCGAGCAAGUCCGGCGACAAGCUCGAGCCGGUCGUCCGCAGCGGCUCGGUUUUCCUUCUUGCCGCGGCGGCGACGUUCUCGCGGUUCAUACCGACGGUGAAGGCGCGGUUCGACUACGGGGUGACCAUCUUCAUCCUGACGUACAGCCUGGUGGCCGUGUCGGGGUACCGCGUGGACGCGCUGGUGGCGAUGGCGCAGCAGCGGGUCUCCACCAUCGCCAUCGGCAUCUUCAUCUGCCUCGCCGUCUGCUUGCUCAUCUGCCCCGUGUGGGCCGGGCAGGAGCUGCACCGCCUCACCGCCCGCAACAUGGACAAGCUCGCCGGCGCCGUCGAGGCCUGCGUCGAGGGCUACUUCGUCGCGGGAGAGGAGGAGGCGGCGGGGCCGGAGUACAAGCGGCGGCCGGCGGCUGCUGCGGCGGCGGAGGGGUACAAGUGCGUGCUCAACUCCAAGGCGUCCGAGGACGCGCAGGCGAACCUGGCGCGGUGGGAGCCCGCGCACGGCAGGUUCGGCUUCCGCCACCCGUACGCACAGUACAAGGCCGUCGGCGCCGCCAUGCGCCACUGCGCGUACUGCGUCGAGGCCCUGAGCGGCUGCAUCCGCUCCGCGGAGGCCCAGUCGCCCGAGGGCGUCAAUCGCCACCUCGCCGGCGCGUCCACGAGGGUGGCGACGCGGUGCGCGGCGGUGCUCAGGGAGGCCUCGAGCUCCGUCGCCGCGAUGACGACGCCGUCCCGGGGCCUCGACUUCGCCGUGGCGGACAUGAACACCGCCGUUCAGGAGCUCCAGAGCGAGGUGCGGGAGCUCCCGUCCAAGCUGGCCGCCGCCGCCGGGGAGCCGGCCGCGGCGCAGCAGCUGAUGGACGCCGUGCAGCUGCUCACGGUGACCUCGCUGCUGAUCGAGGUGUCGGCGAGGAUCGAGGGCGUCGUGGACGCCGUCGACACGCUCGCCACCCUCGCGGCGUUCAGAUCAGCUGACGACGACGACGACGACGACGACGAAAAGCCAACAACAGAAGCAGAUGCCAAGCUGCAAACCGUGAGCGAUCACGUCACGGUCGAACCGGAAGCGGCUGCGGCUGCGGCUCGGACAACAAAGAACAUUGAACAAGUUUAAACCGGUUCACGUCAAAAUCCAACGAACGAGUCGAUCGAACCGGGCAGAUUAAGCCGGUUCUCGAUGGGUUUCGUCACUCCCGCACCAUAUGCCACUUCCAAGCGGCAACCGGUCCGAGUGGCCGAGUCAGAGUGGGGAAUAAAAAAGCAAUCGCCGUAAAACCUUGAUCACUGUUGGUUCAGAGGAAAAGUUGACACAUGCAGAUAGCAUCAAGGAGAAAUGGGGAAUAAAAAAGCUCACUUAUCAUAAAGUUGUCAAUACGGCAUUGUGGCUUUCAUGCCAUGAAUGUAGGCACGUAUAGCGUCAAAUCCAUGUUAGUGCGUUGUUAUUUUUAAUUAUACCAGAUAACCAGAAUGUUAUUUGAUCUGAUCCCAUAUAGGAGCAGGAAAGAAAGUUCAGGGCCUGUCAUAUAUGGUCGUCAUGCA